GGGGAUGUUUACGUAUGUAUCCAUGAUUCAAACUUGAAAAGUUUAUAAUUGGAAUGUGCACAUACUUGGAUCAGUUAUUACGUGUUGGAACUGCUAUUAACGUCCGCUACGUUAGAAUUUGAUUUCCUUUGAUAAUUGUGAAGAACGGUUGGUGUUUCGGAAACGAUGCAAUCGUCAAAUCAGUCAGUACCGGCAUUUAGUCCUCCUCCAUUAAACAAUGCAUCAAAACUACAGCAAGAAUCAGAAAUAAGAACUAAUGUUGAUGAGUUCAGGUUAAAAGUGCAAAAACCGGCCAUAGGCACAACGGUUAUAGUUUACUUAAUACUAAAUAUCGUCAUGUUUAUUGUUGGUGUGUCCACAACGAAGGAUUGUCCAAUAAAGCCGAUUAUUCCCGUAUAUUUAGCUGUGGCUGGUGCUUUGGGAAUAAUUACCAAAUUACUUCCUGUUGUAAAUUAUAAGUUUUUCGAAAACGUCCUUAUAGAGAAGCUCGUGUACGCUCUAUUGAUAAUUGAGUUCGUAUGGAUGAUUACAGGAUCCGUUUGGAUUUAUAGUAUUUAUGAACCUCCCUACCAAGAAACUAGUAACCAGCUUUACUGCAACAAAACCGCUUACCUCUUAGCAUUUUGGUUACUCACAUUAAAUUACAUAUUUUUUCUGUUAUUUAUUAUUAUGUCUUGCUGUGCAGUUUGUUGUAUAUGCGCAUCGGUCAUGGUAUUUAGUGAUUAA